AGCACAUUCACUCAAACUCACUCGCUCACUCAUCGUCGGCUCAUCGACUCAUCGACGCGGCACCUUCACACUCACCUCCCGCGGGCUCAUCUCACACUGAACACUUCACUCACAACUCGGCACCUCACUCAUCCGCCUCGCACGAGAUGGGCGAACCCAGCGAGGCCGAGGCGCUCGCCACGCCCGAGUUCUGGAACGAGCGCUACACAAAGUCAGACGGCUCGAACCCGACACACGAGUGGUUCCGCACCUUUGCCGCCCUCGAGCCCUUCUUCCAGAGGCACCUCUUCUCUCAGAGACCCCCGGAGUCGGCGCCGCGUAUCAUGCACCUGGGGUCCGGCGAUAGUACCAUCCCCGCCGACCUCGCCGAGCGCGGCUACCGGAACCAGCUGUGCCUCGACUUCUCCACCGUGGUCGUCGACCUCAUGGCUGCGCGCCACGCCGCCGUCGCGGGCGGCGGCAUCGAGUGGCGCUGGGCCGACGUCCGCGACAUGCCCGACGCCGCGCCCACGGGCUCCGUCGACGUCGCCUUCGACAAGGGCACCAUGGACGCCAUGAUCCACGGGAGCCCGUGGUCGCCGCUCCCGGACGUCCGCGACAACACGGCGCGGUACCUGCGCGAGGUCCACCGCGCCCUGAGGCCCGGCAGCGGCGUCUUCCUCUAUGUCACCUACCGCCAGCCGCACUUCAUCCGGCCGCUGCUCGAGGCCGCGGGGGCGUCGUGGGACCUCGACAUGGAGGUGCUCGAGGGCGGGGAGAGCGCGUUUGAUUACUACGGCUGGGUCCUGUGCAAGAAGGCGGCGGACUCGUGAGGGGAGCGCGUACCAGUGGGAAGGGAGGUCAAGGGAUUGGGUUUUAGAUACCUCGGUUAUAGACAUGUACUUAGAUUACGAAUCAUAGAGGAGUUGCGGUCUCAUAUUUCUGGGUCGGACUGGGCGGUAGCGACUGUAGAGGGAGACCAGUUGGGAUUCCGGUCGAUUCGAGUGAGGGAUGGCGGUGUGCCGGACAGAGUUACCCUCAUGGCCAACCUCGCGCUGGCCGAGUGAAUGCUUGCGUCUUCAUGUCUCUCUGUCUGGUUCCUGGUCAUUGGCACCAGCCAGCAGUAUUGAGACACUGGACGCCGUAGUUUCACUCAUCACUAUCACGGUCAGGAGGACGUUACACACAUACCGAUGGCAUCAAAGACA